AUGGAGAUCCCCAGCACAAACAAAGCAGCUGCGGUGAUAGCCUCCUACCAGCAUCUGCUGGGGCACAUCCAGGGACUGCUGGCAGAGAACGAGGGCCUGCGCCGGGAGGUGGUGCAAGUCAGGGCACAGCUUAACACGCGGAACGUCCCACGCUACCAGAUGCAUGGCAUGCCAAGCUCUGCUCCCCCCAACCUGCGUGACACUCAUGCUCCCACCAUCCGCUUUGCCUUCCCCAGCCCAGAUAUCCCCUCCUUGAACUGGGAUCUCCCAGUGGAACAGAGCUCUGUCUUCCAAAACCUGCCCUGGGAUAAGGACUCCUAUGGCAACCUGGUGCCCAAGACCACUGACUCCAGAAUCAGCACCAGCACCGGCACCAGCAGUGGGACCUUUCUGAACGUUCCCAAGCUCGCAAGUCUCCCACUGAUGACACACUCCACCUCGAACACCGAAAACCGCCACCUCUUUGAACGCUUCAAUGCUACAGCCCCCCCUGCCCUCCAGCUGCCCUCCGUCUCCUCGUAUCCUGACAGCUCCACACCGCAGAUCUUGGAAGCACCAGACACGGGCUCCUCAGAGGGGCCUCCACCACCACCCCAGGAGGCAUCACAGCCCACCUGGGAGCACCUGCUGGGCGAGAUGGCCUUCCAGCUGGACCGCCGCAUCCUGACUCGCAUCUUUCCCCACUUGUCCCGCCACUAUGGCAUCACCGUCUCCAACAUACCCCAGAAGAUCAUGGAGACGGCACUGAUGGGCGUGCCGGGGGGCUUGGAGGAGCAGCAGUCUCUGGGGGCAGUGCAGCGCUACCUGGAGCUGAUAAGGCGGCUGCGGGCGCUGGGCUACAGCCCGGCCGUGCACUCAGCCUGGGCAGCAUACCUGGUCAACACCUACGGCUUGAUGCCCCCGGGGAUGCGGGUGGACUCCAGCGUCGUGCCGGCCCGACUGCGCAGCCUGCUCAACGACCCCAACACCAUGGCACCCGAGCUGCAGCGUGACUGCCUGGUGCUGCUGACCUGCCUGCAGGAGAUGGCGCGGGAGGAUGGGCAGCCCCUCUUCAUCUGGUGA